AAAAAAUACAAAUAUUUUUCCCGUAUAUAUAUAUUCGAGCGUAUGCGUACCAUCUUUCUCUCUGACGUUUUCAGACAAAACUUUCUUGACGUUUUCAGACAAAACUGUCCAACAUCUGUCGGAAAUGCAGACUAGCCGGUUACUUUCGUAUUCCCCCAACUCUCCUAGUUUCGACAGCUUUUCCUCCGCCUUAGACAUCGCCGCAAUUGCAGCCCGAGUCGUCGAGGAACUCAGAGAUCAAGACCAACAAUUCAACUUCCACGGUGGCGACGACGAUGAUAAUUUUGAGUUCGACUGUCCCAGCCGCACGUCUUUCCACCCCGUCGCUAGCGCCGACGAGAUUUUCUACGACGGUAAGAUCCGUCCGUCGAAUCCCUACGGUGGUGGAGCUGAAAAUGCUCUGGUGUCUCCGCCUAAGAGUAGUACUCUCCCACGACGUCGUAGACCGGCGCUUAGGAAACUAAUGAGCGAGGAGCGAGAUACGACGUCGGAUUCUUCCUCGGAGGCGGAGGAGGAUCUCAACGGCGUGCCGCCGGAGACUUACUGCCUGUGGACACCAAAAGGCGGUGACGAGAAAAGCAGCAGCGUAGGACUCUCGAAACGGUGGAAGCUUCGGAGUCUUCUCUACGCGAGAAGCAGCAGCGAAGGGAACGGUGAAGAGGAAGAGCCGUCGUCCAAGGUAGUCGGAGAGGUAAGCGAGGAGACGAAACGGCGGACGUUUGUGCCGUUUAAUAAGGAUAUGAUGGGAAUAUUGAAAAAUGUUAAUGGGCUUAGUCGUCAUUUACGGCCUUUUUAAAAGGUGACAGUGGCUCUUUCUUGAAAGAGACAGCAAUCGAAGACGCGGACUUUAAGUGGGCUUCGGUUUCUUUUUCUUUCUUUCUUUCUUUCUGGACUUUUUAUUUUUAUUUUCUCUCAAAACCUUUUCUUUUGGUUGCUGAGAUAAUCUUGAGUGUUAGGCGAGAAAGUGCAUGUUUUUGAAUAGUUUUUUAUAUUAUAAACCUCCAUGUGUCGGUUUGGAUUAGAUGUAAAGUUUUGGUGGUAUGUAUGAUUGUUGUUAUGGAGACUAUUUUAUACAUUCUAUUCGGAAAUUUUGUUUUUAUAUAUAAAA